AUGCCUCAGUCCUACCAAACCCAAGCAAGUGAUGACAGUGGAAAGCGCCAAGAACCUACGAUUGUCAUAGGGAUAGAUUUCGGCACCACUUACUCAGGCGUGGCUUGGACUACUUCAAGCCGACCAGGCCAUAUAAACAUAAUAACGAACUGGAAUGCAGUCAAAAGUCAUUGUAGUGAUAAAGAAAAGGUUCCGAGCGCCAUCUACUACGACAACAAGGGGGAAGUUUUCUGGGGUUACUCUAUUCCCGAGAAAAUAUCUUCGCCCAAGAUCGAAUGGUUCAAGCUUUGCCUCUUGGAGGAGCGCGACAUUCCUAAAAAUAUCCGCAAUGCAGCACAGAUUCAAGCUGCUCAGAAGUCCUUGAAGGAGUCGAACAGACGCGUCGUGGAUGUCAUCAGCGACUAUCUACGGGAGUUAUGGAAACAUAGCAUUGUCAACAUUAGGAGAGCUAUAGGUGGACAGUUAGUAGACAUUUCCAGGUUCAAGGUUAUUGUCACGCUUCCUGCUAUUUGGCCAGCCUAUGCUCAACUUCGCAUGCUUGAAGCCAUUGAAAAGGCGGGGAUUCUGGAGACUCGAGCUGCUGGCGAUACAAUCUUGGAAUUCCUUUCGGAGCCAGAGGCAGCCGCUCUGGCCACAAUAAAAGACAUGUGCACGUAUAGCAUGGUGAAUAUGGAGGUUGGAGACCACUUUGUUGUUUGCGACGCUGGCGGAGGCACUGUGGAUGUGAUCACUUACACCGUCAUCAAAACUGACCCAAUCCGAGUCAAAGAAAGCGUCAAGGGAGAUGGAAAGCUUUGCGGCGCUACGUUCUUGGAUGAGAUGUUUCUAACAACCCUUCGAAGAAAACUUGACAAGGUCUCUCUCGAUGCUUGGAAAAUACUUGAAGAAAAAGGAGUAUUGAGCCGCAUUAUACACAACGAUUGGGAGAAUGGCAUCAAACCUCAGUUUCGCAACACUGAUCAACACUGGUUGCUUCAGAUGCCGAGCAGUGGGUCAAGCAAAAAAAGAACCCACGACCAGUUCCGCUUUACAGACAUUAAGAUCAGUGCUAAAGAUGCGCAAAAUAUAUUCAAGCCAACAGUGGGUGAGAUUGAAACCCUAGUGAUUGAUCAAGCAAAAACUGUCAAGAGAAAGUACAAAAAGGAGCCCAAGUUUCUCGUCCUAGUUGGUGGAUUUGGCAGACAGCCAUUUCUGUACACUCGGCUUCAAGACCAACUGAACCGAAAGAAGAGCCAAGAAGAAAAGACUGAGCUUCUACAAGGCUCUGGUGCAGAACCUUGGACAGCAGUUUGCCGAGGGGCAGUAAUACGGGGGCUUGAGCUGUCUGAGGAUACCACCGAGUCUACAGGUACAACUAUUCCUGUAGGCGAAUCCGUUGAGAAAGGGUUUCACAGGGAUCUCGUGAUACCGGCUACUACAAUUGAGACAACAUUCAUCUACUCAACAGAGAAUGCUCCAUCCAAUAGAUGCGAUGAGACAGUCAAGGAGCUUUGUGACGUACGCUGGUCAAGUGUUCCUGAUUUUGACAGCUUGCCUACUUGGAUCAACCCUAUAGGCGAUGUCAUUAGACGGGUUAACUAUGAUGUUAAGAUGACGUCAAACGGAGUAACUCUAGACUUUGAGAUUAUAUACAACAACCAGGUCAUGGCGUCCAAGAAAAUCGGCAUUGACUAUGGCCGCUGCGGCUCGACCGUGAACCAAGCACUAGGAGCCUCGGGUUCGGAUGAAGACUCUGGAGAAGACUGA